AUGCAUUGGCCUGCCAGUCACCCGUGGCUCGCCUUUGGGGCCCUGCCCGUUGCCAUUGCCCAGCUUCAGACCUUCUUCGCCUUGAUACAGCCAGUCUCUAGCGCCUCACCGACUCCAACCACGCCAGCCUCGUUGACGAGCCUGGCGACUCCCGCCACAACCGAGGACGUGAGCAACAUGAUGCUGACGACCGUCUUCACGCAGCCUCCGGACUGCAGCGGCGGGCUCACCACCGUCGACUUUUGGACCGGCGUGCUGUGGCAAAACAUCAUGCAACCGCUACCGUCCCUGACACUGUCUAGCUGCUACCCAAGCCAGUUCUCCUACAGUGCCAUGGCUACGGCCUCUUUGCCCCCUUUCAGCCAGCUGGUCUGCCCACAGGACUGGGAAACCUGGAAACUCAACCAGACUUACAUCAUCUGCUGUCCUCAAAAAUUCGGACCCUACCUGCCAAAUCGCAAAAACGCCAAUCGUCCCGGGCUGCACGGGUUGUGCACAUCAAAGAUCUUUCCGCAAAUCGGAAUGGACAUUACGAGCUACAGAGACUCGGGUCAAGUAACCGUCAUCCCGGGCGUGACAAGCACAGAUGCCGUGCUGGUCUUUGCCAGAGCUUUUGAUGGAUUCGCACCGAGCUUUACUGCUACUUCCCACUCGUCCAGCCAGAAUAGCUCCUCAGCCCCCAGAACAACACGGCAUCUCGUCUACGACCACCACAACUGCUCCGGCAUCGACUACCUCGGCUCCUCCAUAAUAUGCCUGAACAACAUGCUGGCGCAGUACUCGGAUCUGGGAUGUACUACAGCGGAUCCGGCUUGCCUUUGCCGCAACCCCAACUUCCUCUACGGCAUACGGGACUGCUCUAAUGCCGCAUGCAGCAACGCAAAUGAUGCCAGGAAUGUGAUCAACAUAGCGCUGCAAGAUACGCAACGAUUGGUAGACGAAGCUGUGAGACAGCAGAGCAUCUACAAUAACUGGCGAGUUAGGAAUCCCAGGCGCAACACCUACAAUUCUCAACAUUCCGCCGAGGCCAGAGCUUCCAAGAAUAAGAAGAGAAAUGAAGAACCGGACCCCCCAAAGCUUGACGCCAGGUUACGCCAGGCUGCUGCACUGGUUGCCGAGCAUCAAGCAGCACAGCAGCUUGCCAAUGGGACCCUGAACAUGAACCACACGGGACCGGCCGUUGGCAUCCCGGGGUUCAACAGGAGGACAGACACUUCCACCUAUUGGCUGCAGAACAUCAAGCACACCGGGAUGCCUCCCAUGGGAUCUAAUCGUUCCUAUCCUGUGUUCCGAGACGUGACUAACCCAAUGUUUGCGGGAGGAGCCAAAGGCGACGGCGUUAUUGAUGACACAGCCGCUAUCAAUUCCGCUAUCGCAUACGGCAACAACUGUGGCGAGAAUUGCUUGACAUCUUCCGUCAAAGGCACUCUCAUCUAUUUCCCAGCCGGCACUUACUUGAUAUCGUCACCAAUCAAUGCUUAUUAUUACUCUCAACUGGAUGGAGAUCCGAAAAUGAUGGCCAAAAUCAAGACCUCGGCUGGUUUUAUCGGACUCGGAGCCAUACAAACGGAUGUAUAUAUCCCUGGUGCCAGUGGUAGCAAGUGCAAUCCAACUUCUACCGCCAACACCGAUCCCGGCACCACGCAGAUAGGUAUCUUCACCGAGAAUGGCAGCGGCGGUUUCAUGUCAGAAGUCGUCAUAGACGGUGGCAAGUACGGCUUAUUGGGCAUCACGCUCCUCAACCCUGAAGCCCCAGGCAGCCAGCCGCCAGGUUCCAUCUAUCUCCUUGAUACCGCAUUUCUUAAUGUCAAUACCGCCGUGAAGGCAAACGCUAUGAAGAAAGACAUACUGGAAACAAGCAUCAUGACGUUCGAUAACAUCAACCUCCAACAGGUGGGCAAGUUCAUCCAGUUUACGGACGGGUCCGAUGUCGACUACCCUAGCUCGGAGCUCCCCUUCAUGGUUCUUGGUAACCAGCACACAGACUCGGGAUACGAAUACGGUAGUAAGCUACAGAGAUACCACGUAUCAAGAUCUCCUUCCCUGCUGGGCCUCGAGUCGAAAGCGUCCACAAACAGUUACUUCUACCGCAGCAGGCCGCAGUAUGAGAACUUGGAUACCGGAUCGGUUGUCAGUGUUAAAGACUACGGUGCAAAGGGCGAUGGCGUAGCAGACGAUACAGCAGCCGUUCAAUCGGCCCUGUCGGCUGGCACAACCAAGAAUUUGAUCUACUUUCCGGCAGGAUCGUACAUAAUAACCAAAACUCUGUUUGUUCCUCCGCAUUUCCGCAUUACGGGAGAAGUCUGGUCCCAGAUUGUUGCUUCGGGAAGCUUCUUUACAGAUAUGAAAAACCCCAGGCCAAUGGUCAAGGUUGGCGACCCUGGAGAUAGUGGCACCGUUGAGAUAUCUGACAUGCUCUUCACUUCCAUUGGCGCCUUACCAGGACUCGUCAUGAUGGAAUGGAAUGUGCAGGCUAAGGAGCAAGGCUCCGUGGGUAUCUGGGACGCGCAUUUCCGAGUGGGUGAAGCGUAUGGGAGCGAACUCCAAGUGGCCCAAUGCCCCAAAGUCGCGUCGAUUCCGUCGGUCUGUGUUGCGGCAGCCCUGAUGCUCCAUAUUACGCCGCAGUCAAAUGGCUACUUUGAGAACGUGUGGGCAUGGGUUGCGGAUCACGAUCUUGACGACCCAGCAAAUACCAUGGUCACUGUGGCUGCAGCCAGAGGCAUUCUGGUCGAGUCAGCAGCCGGCCCUACUUGGUUAUAUGGUACAGCCUCUGAGCACUCCAUGCUCUAUCAGUACAACUUCUACAACACGUCGAAUAUCUUUGCAGGAAUGAUCCAAACUGAGUCGCCUUACUUCCAAUACGCAGCUGCCACAGAAUCGCCUGGUCCUUUCAAGGACUCUGUGGGACUCUUCAACAACGACCCUGACUUUUCGAAUGACAAUUGUAACGGAACAGACCUGUCGUGCCGCUUGUCGUGGGCUGUCAUGGCCCAGGAUACAGUCAACGUCACCAUUGCUGGUGCAGGCCUCUAUUCUUGGUUCGAUGCGUACGAUCAGUCGGUCUGCGUCGAUGCCCAGAAUUGCCAGCAGCGUCUCUUCAACGAUCAGGGCAACAACGGCGGCUUCUGGCUUUGGAAUUUAAUCACUAUCGGAGCCCAGGAAAUGAUCAGCAACACCUUAACCAACGACUCCAUCUAUGCCAAGGAAAACACCCAGGCCAUAGCUCAUCCUUUUUGGAGUGCGCUUGCCAGCUACACGGAUGAUGCCACCCAGCGAGACAUUUCGUGCGAUGACGAUGACACAUCCCCGGCCUGCAUGACCGAGACCAUAUGCGAUAAAACAAAGAGCUUCGCCACCAUGGACCAGCUUGCAGCCGCCAAGGGAACUUUUGCUGAUGUUUGCGCCGACUAUUAUGCCAUCAAGACUCUUCAGUCCACACUCAGAAGCAGCCUCGAUACAUACAAGUCGGUGAAUAAGGGCUACGACGAAGUCUUUGGCAAAUAUCAGGAGUACGUCAAAGAAAUGAUUCCCAUGGCGCUGUCACAGUUUAUGUCAACGCCUAACGGGCUCGACGGUUCUCCCGGGCCUGGAAACAAGUAUUUCCAGUGCACGUUCGAAGCCGAUGAUCUUGUGGAAACGCAACAAUGCCCUUUCACUGAAAUACAGCUGGCCUCGUACGAUUCAUACACGAUGACCUACAAGCUCGUCAACGAGAGCGGCUUUUUCGACGAGCUUUCCAAGACCUACAGCAUCUCGAAGGACUGGGUAAAGUUUGGCCGGACCUCCAUCAAGAACCACAAAGUCACUUGCCAACACGACUUGUGCACGCAGCCGUUCGACCAGGAACUGGUCAAUUUCCCAAAGGCUGCCGAUAACAUACAGGUGGCGAACCCCAAGGAUAUCAUCACCAAAGCUCUUCCCAACAUUGGGAAGCUGCAAAACGCAAUCGCCGCCCGAAGGAUGGACGUGGCCUUGAACACGUGGCUCGGGCCGACCAACGAUAUCGUGCAGGUCAUCAGCAUGCCCGUCUUCGCCAUCCAGCAGGCACUUGACUCGAUGGAGCAAGCCAAGGAGCUGGGGCAGGCGCAGGCUCAGAGGGACAAGACGCAACUGAUCUUGACCAUUCUCAGCAUAGUCUUCGCGUUUGUACCUUUUCUCAAUGAGCUGGCGCCGGAAAUUGCGGCUCUAGAUGGCGUCUUUGCUAUGCUGGGUGCCGCGGGCACCUUUGCCCUGGGGAUCAAGAGCAUCGUGGACGACCCUCUGUCCGCCCCGAUGGAGAUUUUGGGCUUCCUGACGCUUGGCGUGGGGAGGAGCGCGAAAGACUUUGCCAAGGUGGCGGAUGCGCGGCGCGGCAUCAAGGACGGCGAUCUUGCCAAGAUGGGGAAGACGUUCAAGAAGCAUGAUGAUAGCCUCCAGAAUGUCAUCAAACGGAAGUGCAAGAUUUGA